GGCAGCCAGGGGCGGAUCUACCGGGGUGGCAUGGGGUGGCAAGUGCCACCCUAAAACAAACCCUUGCCACCCCUGCUGCCACCCCAGUUCGCGGCAAUAAAUUGAUAGAAAAGUCGCAAAUCUAACGUUUACGAGCGUGAAGCCCCGGUGUCCGACGACAGUGAAUGCAGCACGAGAGAAUGCGAGAGCGCACGAGACUCCUUGGAGAGACGCGAAGCCAGAGAGCGCAAAGUCAAUGACGGAGAUGUGUCUCUAAAGGGAAAUCCAGUAAAUUCACUUUUUCAUUUUACAUAAAUGAAGCGAAAGGGAGGAAUAUAUACUUUUUUCACCCCAAAGACGAAGGUCACAAAGAUAGUAAAUGAACUGAGCAAGACAGACGUACAAGGUGAAGUGGAAGGAGAGAGAGCAGAUGAAAACGAGGUGGAAAGAGAGAGAGCAGAUGAAAACGAGGUGGAAAGAGAGAGAAAGGACAUUGAAAGAGAGAGACAUGAUGGGCAUGAGAUGGAAGUAGAUGCAGAGGAUGAAGACGAGCUGGAGGCAGAAGGAGAAGAGCAAAAAGAUGUAAAAGUUGACCAAGAUGAGCAGGGACAGGAGGAGGUGGGAGAACACAUGGAGGAAGGAGACCAAAGAGAGAUGAGACAGGACAGUGAAAGGCAAAGAAUAAGGCCCCCUGAACCUGCACCGGCAACCUCCAAUAGAGGUGGUCCACCUGAUGUAUCCAAGACCAGAUUUGAAACACCAGUGCAGCCAAAGAGAGAAAGUUUCCCAAAGACCCUGCAGGGAGGAGCCAGGAGAAGCUUCCGGAGUGAAUGGUACCAAACUCACCCCUGGUUAGAGUAUUCUCAGUGCAAAGAUGCAGCUUACUGUUUUGCCUGUAGGCAUUUUUCCCUCCCUGACACUCCCAAGACUGUUUUCACUUCAUUUGACGGAUAUCGAAAUUGGAAAAAAGCCACAAUGAAAGACAGUGGUUUUGCCUCACAUGCAAGAUCUGAAGCCCACAUUAAUGCAAUGUUUGCAUGGACAGAGAAUAAAAGGAACAUGGAUAAAAACAGCUCCAUGUUUGGGGUAAUGGAUGAACAAAAAAAGAAGCAGGUGGCUGAAAAUCAGUACUACAUUAAAGCACUGGCUGAAAUUUUAAUAUUAACAGCCACAGAAAACACAGCACAGCGGGGUCACAGGGAGUCUGUAGACUCAGAAAAAAAGGGGGUUUUUCUGUCUAUGUUAGAUCUGCUUGGUAACCAUAACCCCAUCAUUAGAAAAAGACUUGAACAACAUGCUAAAAAUGCAAAAUACACAAGUAAAACAAUACAAAAUGAAAUACUUGAAUGCCUGGCUACAAUGGUUAAAGAGGAAAUCAUACAGGAGGUUAAAACAAGCAAGCACUUUUCAGUGAUUGUUGAUGAAACCAAAGAUGUUCAGAAAAAGGAGCAAAUGUCUUUUGUUUUGCGAUAUUAUUACAAUGGUGUGGUUCACGAGAGUUUUUUGGAGUUUGAAGUGGCAGAACACCUGGAUGCUUCUGCGUUAAGUGACAAGAUUAUUCAGUGUCUUGAGAAGCAUGGGCUGGAGUACAAGGAAAACCUUGUGGGCCAAGGCUAUGAUGGUGCGGCAGUGAUGCGCGGGGCACAUGCAGGUGUCCAAGCAAAAGUAAAACAAGUGGCCAAACAUGCUUUCUAUGUUCACUGCAGUGCACACUGCUUAAACUUAGUCAUAGUAGACACCGUAAAAAGUGUGGCAGAUGCAGGAACCUUCUUUUCAUUGCUGGAACGACUGUAUGUAUUCAUUUCUGGGUCCUAUGUACAUAACAAAUGGCUGGAAGUGCAGCGAGAGAUGUUUGAUGGUCCACCAAGGGAACUCCAACAGCUAAGCGAUACACGUUGGGCAUGUAGGCACAUAGCAUGCCGCAAUGUUAUGGACAGGUUGCCUGCAAUAGUGCAGGUUCUUGAAGAGAUUGCAUCUGAGAACCAUCCACAAAGAGCAGUUGAAGCAAGGGGGAUAUUGGCUCAGAUAGACCUCAAUUUUGCUGGCUGUCUUGUUCUUUUCAGAAAGGUCCUGAGUGACUCCAAAUUUUUGUCAGACAUGCUCCAGUCUAAAACAGUGGACUAUGCUAAGGCUGUUGAGCUUAUUGAAGCACUCAAAGAGACACUGGUUAACUAUCGUAGUCACACCUCUUUUGAUGAAAUGUGGACUGAAAUACUUGAUUUGUGUGAACAGAGUAACAUUGAUACAACACAGAGAAAAGCAAAGAGGCCAAGACAGACAACAAAGUUGCUUCAGGAUUGUGUCAUCAACUCCACCCUGGGACAGCAUGUAGUUCCAGAUAACAAACACACUUUUUGCGCCUCUGUGUAUUACCCAGUUCUGGAUAACAUGAUUGGGGAAAUGGGAAGAAGAUUUUCUGACACAAACUGUAAUAUCAUGCAGGGUAUCCAGGCACUAAAUCCGUCCAGUCCAACUUUUUUGAGAGAGGAGACCGUCCUGUUAUUAGCUGAUGCUUAUGACUCAAAUACAGACGAUCUCAAGCAUGAGUUACAUCAAGCAAAGAGACUGCUCAACAGAAAAAAGGGUGAAAAGGAGAGUCCUACCACUGUAAUGGAGUUCACUCAGUUUUUGGACCCAUACCAGGAAGUUUUUUAUGAGUUGUUCAGGCUGUGUAAAAUAGCUGUUGUUUUGCCCGUCACCAGUGCAUCCUGUGAGAGGAGUUUCUCAUCUCUAAGGCUCAUCAAGACCUAUUUGCGGUCUACUAUGACAGAAAAGAGACUAUCAAGUUUGGCUGUACUAAGCAUUGAAUGGAAACGCACAAAAGCAUUAGAUCUAGAUAAAUUCGUGAAGCGUUUUGCUGAGCAGCAUGGAAAUCGCCGUUUACAGCUGUUAUAAGCAUGUCAAUGUCAUAUGCUCUCUGGUAUCAUUAUCUUAUUUGAACACUGCUGCUCUGAGAUGAACAUCUCAACAUCUGGUGACUGUCUUUUAUUGUUUUUCUCAUUCAUUUCUAGCAUAUGAUGCAUGGAUUGGUGAUUAAUCCAUGCAGUGCUGUCUUUAAUUUAUUUUGUAUUUAGCCUAUUUGUAGCACACAUUGUAUAGAUGGCUAAUCUAUGUAAUAUGUGGUGUUUUAUUUAUUAUUUAUUUAUUAUUAUUAUUAUUAUUUAUUUUCAUUAACUUAGUUGAUUUUAAUUGUUAAACUUUCUAUCACCACCAGAUGCAAAAAUUGAUUUGAAAAUUUAAAAAGAGAAAUAUGUAUUAAACAAAAAAAGGGGAGAGGGUACAUUUGCCAGUUUUUUGUUUUUUUAUAUAUAGGCUACUCUACCUAUGUAGCUACUGCCAUCUGAAAUUGGCCCUCAUUCUACUUUGUUUUGUGAGGUUCUGUGAAUAUCAGUUUUGUGAGGUUCUGUGAAUAUCAGUAUUGUGAGGUUCUGUGAAUAUCAAUAAAAGCAAUGUGCAGUGCCUCAGUGCCAUGACCAAAUUAAUUCCAUUGUGUAUGUACGCUGACCUUAGUACAAUCCAUUGAUCAUGGGUAAGAUUUUCUUUUGAUAUUUUUUUCUUUUAAUGCUGCCUAGGUUCUGCAAGCAGGAAUACUUCAGUGUAAAUUAUAAAUUACAAACUACAAUAACUUCAAUAUAUUUACACUGAAAUAGGUUGCCACCCCUGAAAAAUUCCUGCCCCCCUCUUGCCACCCUAUAAAUAUUUUUCUAGAUCCGCC